UCAUGCACAAAAACUAGACGUUGUACAUAUUCAAGCAAAGCCUCGACGAUACAUCUUUUCUGCUCCUUCCAACAGCGACAAUGUUCUGGAAAAUAUUUACCUUUCUGGUGCACGUCAGCCUGUCUGUCGCGCAAAACUAUGCCGGAAACACGGCAAUGUCCUUAUCGGACAUUGUAGAUAUGAGUACAUUUAAGCAAGUAUCACAGUCAACCGAGGCGAUAUUCCACGAAGGACCGGUGUUUGUGGAGACGACCAAUGAGCUCUACUUCUCGUCCAACCGUUUUACCGACAGCAGCGGUGGACAGAACAUCCGCAUUUCCAAACUGAAUGUGACCACGCCCAAUGCCACGCCGGUCACAGUGACAACCAAUCCCCCGAUUCUGAUGGCUAAUGGAGGUGCACGCAUUAAUCUGAAGGAAAUUGUCUAUUGUUCGCAAGGGUAUAACUCGACGCCGGGAUCAUUGAUGAGGCUGAAUAUCGAAACACUCGUGGCUACAAAAAUCCCUUUGCAAAUUGUGCGGCCUUUCGGGACCGCAGAUCCAAACCCAGAUUUUAGCAGUCCAAACGAUGUUGUUUUAAGCGACCAGUACGAUGGCUACUUUUUCACCGAUCCACCAUAUGGAUACUAUCAAAACUUCCGUCCCGAGAACACCAUGCCGCCUGCUGUUUAUUUCGCCGACAGACGAAGUUUGAAUGUCACACGCAUUUGGUUUUUUCCCUCGAACUACCGGCCAAAUGGGCUUUCGCCGUCCGCCGACGGAUCUCGGUUGUAUGUCGCCAACUCAGGAUUCCAAAUCGGCAACGGUUCAACGGACCCGACCGUUCCCAUUGUCAUGCACGUCUUCGCCAUGUCCAAAGGCAGCAAGGGUGUUCCCGUGUUGACCGAGAUGGAUCCCAUUUCCACGGGCACCGGCGUCGGUGUGCCGGAUACGGUCAAAGUGGACGAGAAGGGCAACAUUUACGUGACCGUCAGCAAUGGAGUCCGCGUGUACACCCCGGGAGGAGUGUAUAUCGACACCAUCGUCAUUCCGUCCGCCGGACCAGUGGCCAAUAUUGCCUGGGCGGGGAAGACAUUGUACAUCUUAGCGGAAACGUUUUUGUAUUCGGUGCAAGCAAAAAACGGAGCGGCACCGUUGCAUGAUAUUAAUAACACAAACUGGUGAUACAAUAAAUGUUUUCCUUUCCAAAAUUAUUUAUAAAUUUUUAAAAUUUCGUGCACAGGCGUG